AUGAAAACCGAAACCCCAAAUUCCUCGUCCUCCUCCUCCGUCGCAAAAUUCAAAAUCAGCAACAAGAAAUCCAAGAACAAGAAGAUCGAUCGCGUCGAGACGAGUCUCAAGGAAUCCAGCCGCGACCUUUCUCUCUUCAAGUUCAAGUCCAAUGCGGUGGUUGCACUUGUUCUCUUCAUCGUUUUUGGGCUCCUCAACUCCUUGUUUGACGGCAAGGUUCUGGCCAAAUUACCGUUCAAGCCCUUCGGGAUUGUCAUGAAGAUGAGCGAUAGAGGAUUACACGGCGACGAUGUCACCGAUUGUUCGAUGCCAUUUUUGUUUCAAGGGGAGGGGAACGGCGUCGUCGUUCCACCUUAUGUUUUUUGA